AAAAAAAAAAAAAAAAAAAAAAAAAAAAAAAUUAGGGUCAUUUCUCUUCUUAGCCCAAUUAUUCAAAUUUCUCACCAAAACUAAAUGGAAUGUCAUCUAAUGAUCGAACGAAUACUUUUGGGCCUGAACAUGAAGCCCAUCAACUUACUGUUUCUGUUCCAACUUUUUUCUUAAAUUUUUUGAGCUGGUUGGUGAAGGAACAAGAGCCUUUGAAGAAGAAGAAGAAGAAAAGGUUUUCUUGAGCAGGAUUGGGUGAUUUUUUCUGGGCUUAGUUUUUCAAAAAAUAGUUUUUGAAAUUAGUUAACCAAUCAAUCAUAUAUAGCUCCUUAAAUUAAUUUCUCCUUUGAGCUCCAAGAUUCUCCAAAACCCCUUCGCUCACCCACUUCGAGAUGAUGAAGAAGCUUUCUCGUCUACUGUUAACUUCAAGGAAUCAGAUAUCUAGAAACAUAACAAAGGGGAAGGAUGGUAAUCUAAGCCAUGGAUUACUGUUGCGUACUUUCACUUCUCAUGCUGGAAUUUCAACUUCGGGACAAAACAUUAACGUUAAAGGAGGUAUUGCAGGCUUUUCAGCACCGUACAUUGUUUAUAAGGGAAAAGCUGCGUUCUCUGUUACUCCUGUUCUCCCAACAUUCACUAAGCUAGAUUCUGGACUUCAUGUGGUUGACCGCGGGGGUUGCAUGAUGUUGAAGUUCACUCCUGCCAUUGGUGAGCGCAAAUAUGAUUGGGAGAAGAGACAAUUGUUUGCUUUGAGCCCGACAGAGGUUGGAUCUUUGAUAAGCUUGGGUCCCAAUGAUACCUGUGAAUUGUUCCAUGAUCCUUCGAUGUUAUCAAGUAAUGCUGGACAAGUGAGGAAGAGUUUGACGGUGAAGCCUCAUUCUACUGGCGGUGGCUAUAUGAUUUCCUUGACUGUUGUCAACAACAUUCUAAAAACCAAGGAUUAUAUCAGUGUUCCAUUCACAACUGCUGAAUUUGCAGUUGUAAAGGCAGCUUGCAGUUAUGCGCUGCCUCAUAUAAUGGGUUGGGAUCGGGUGACAGAAAAGGUGGAAAAGGUCAACGGCGGAAGGCGAACACCGGAUAUUAAGUUUGAUCGGGGACAACUCAUGGAUUCAGAGUGGGACAAAUGAAAGCUGGAUAUGUCUUCCCUCUUUUGUAACAGAUCUGUGUGUAUUGUUUUGUGCUGUGUAAACCCCUGUUUCAUUCUCCAAUUUUCCAGGGAUAAUGGGAUGUUGAAGUAGGACAUCUCAAGUAAUUGAACUGCAUCUGUCGUACUACAAAAACUAAGGGAAACUAAGAGAAAAUGCUAAAGUGCUACAAAAUAUAAUACAUGUGGGAGUUAAUUGCUUUUGU